AUGGCUGGUGACUUUCUCGAUAUCCAAUCGGCAGGCCCACCCUUCGUCGGCCUCGACAACGGCGUAGGCUUCUACUCCCAAACAGACGGCAACUUUGUCAAUUGUUUGUAUCUGCAACGAUUCACGCUGCGCAAAGAUACUUCUACGAUAAGUAGACUGGGUAGAUGA